UUUUUGUCCACAAGAGACGAACUCGUGUUAGAAAAAAAAUAUCUUGAAUGAUUGAUGCCGACAAGAAAACUGCAAGCUGUCUUCUUUUAGAUUGUCUCUCUCAAAACAUCUUCUAAACCCAGCACAAAGACGAAACUGUUCGUGUAGAAAGCUCUGUUCUUUCUUUUUCGUUUCGAAAUGGAGAAGAAGAUGGUGAGAUGUGUCCGGUGGGGUUAUGAGGUUAACACCUCUUCCGAUGAUUGCAUCCACGCAAUUGACUCCUAUUUUCAGCAGGUUCUUAGUUUUGGAAGGAAUGGGAAAGUGAUUCUAGAAGCACCACUCCACGACAAAGAUUGUGUCUUGGGAAACAUUUUAGCUGCCCAUUACGUUUCCUCAUCUGAUUAUCACAGAGCUAAGUCCUAUCUUAAAGCUGCGACAUCCAAUCUUGAACAAUCUACACCUUAUGAGAAAGCGGUUUUCGAGUCUGUUAGUUACCUAAUGUCUGAGGACAGGGAUGAUAACUUGGCUUUUGAGAUGCUCGCCAAGCUACUUAAAAGAUUCCCUAAGGAUUUGGUCUCUCUGAAGAGAGCUCAUAUUUUAAGUUUCUACAUGGGUCAGCCUAGUCCCUUUCUGGAUCUUGUACAGCAGGUUCUACCUGAGAAUCAAGAAGAAAGUUACAUACACGGCUUACUUGCGUUCCCAUUGCUAGAACUUGGUCGAAUGGAAGAAGCUGCGGCAGCUUCAAGGAAAGGCUAUGAGAUAAACAAAGAAGACGCUUGGGCACAUCACUGUCUGUGUCAUGUUCUUCAUCAUGAAUGUCGAUUUAAAGAAGCAGUGGAGUUCAUGAAAGAAGUCUCAGUAUCUUGGCCUUCUUGCUCAUCUUUCAUGUAUACACACAAUUGGUGGCAUGUUGCUCUCUGUUACUUGGAAGGAGGGUCACCGAUGAGUAAAGUCGAGGAGAUUUAUGAUGCUCACAUCUGGAAAGAAUUGGAGAAAGAAGACGCUGAUCCUCCUGAAGUUUAUCUCAAUGCUCUUGGUUUGUUACUGCGUUUGGAUGUAAGAGAUGCUCUUGAUGGUUCGUUUAAAGACCGUCUCAAACUCCUUGCAGCUCGUUUGACUGAUCAGGAAAACUGGUAUUUGGAGUGGCACCUUGAUAUAUUGAUAAUUUGGGCAUUGGCAAAAGUUGGAGAUGUAUCAAGAGCUCAUGAGUUACUCGAGGGUCUGAAGUUCCGAGUAUCGAAGAUGGACAAGGAGAAACAACAAGAGAUACAGAAAGGGAUUCAGCUCGGCGAAGCUGUGUAUGAAUAUGCAAAGGGUAACUACAAACAGGCUAUACAGCUACUUGGUUCAGAUUUCAAUGCCUUUGGUUACAAAGUAAAACAAAUCUCCAGCUACUAACUCAAAACCCUGUGGAUUAAACAAACACACUUGAUUCCUUUUUUAAAUUAAUGUUUGAUGGUUAAUAACAGAUCAUUGGGGCAUCAGAUGAACAAAUAGAUGUUUUCAAUGAAAUGUGGUGUCAGCUACUGCUAAAGACAUGCCAACCAUCCACCGCCAAAGAAGUGAUUAGAGAGAGGAUAAAGGUCAGAGAUGGUGUUCCCUUCAUGUGGCGUUUACUGGUAAAACAUAAUAUGUACAUACUUUUUAUCAUGUGUCAAUGGUUUUUUGUUGGUGAUGAGAAAACUCAUGUGGUGUUUCUGGUGGCAGGAGAAGAGUUAUGCCAUGGAAGGCAAUGCAGAGGCUGAGAGGGCAGGAGAGAGAGCUAAGAAGCUGGAAGAAUCUUCUUAUUUCUAACUCUGCUUC